GCUGCGGUGCAGAUAUGUGAAAAGGAUGGAGCGUGUUAUCUCCUCAGCGCCUGGACAUUUGGCGCCAUCUUCCAAGUACAUAAACAGAAUGCACGUGAGUCCAGCUCAGUGGCUACUCGUGGAUGUAUUGGAAAGAACGCUUCAGCGAACGCAGUCACUGCCACAAGCUCUUGUAUGUAUGAUAUAGUCUUACUGCCCCCUUCCUUCCCAAUUGUUGCUAUGGAAAAUCCAUGCCUGACCUUCGUUAUCUGCUCCAUUCUGGAUAGCGAGGACUUCCUGCUUAUAGAUGUCAUUCAUGAAAUUGCACAUGGCUGGUUUGGAAAUGCAGUGACAAAUGCAAGUUGGGAGGAAAUGUGGUUGAGCGAGGGCCUAGCAACCUAUGCCCAGCGUCGCAUCACUACUCGAGUAUAUGGUGCUGCUUUUACUUGCUUAGAAUCCAACUUCCGCCUGGAAGCUCUACAUAGACAGAUCCGAAUCCUUGGCCAUGAUACUCCAUUGAGCAGAUUACAGGCCAAACUGGAUCCAGGUGUGAACCCAAGUAACCUUAUGAACUUAUUCACUUAUGAGAAGGGCUUCUGCUUUGUGCACUAUCUGUCGCAGUUAUGCGGAGAUCCAGACAACUUUGAUUCCUUUCUCAGGGAUUACAUUGAGAAAUUCAAGUUCCGCAGUGUUGUGGCACAUGAACUUCUAGAGUCUUACCUUCACUUUUUUCCCCAUUUGAGAGAUGAAACCACAGGAAGAAGUGAAGGUCUGGAGUUUGAUUGUUGGUUAAAUGCCCCAGGACCUCCCCUUUCCCAGCCAGAUUUGUCUCAGGGAUCAGUAUUCACAGCACCUGUGGAGACCCUCAGUCAGCUUUGGAUGUCUGAACCUCUGGAUGUUGAAGCCGCUUCUUCAUUUGCCAAUAUCUCAGACUGGCAAACCUUUCAAACCGUGCUCUUUUUAGACAAGCUACUUGAUAAAUCUCCGCUACGACCAGAGGUAAUGAUGCAACUAUCCCUGUGUUAUUCUGCUGAUUUGGCUACAAUGAAUACCGAAAUUAGGAUCCGAUGGUUGCAGAUUGUGGUGAGGAACAAUUAUCAACCAGAUUUGCCCCAAGUACGUCACUUCCUGCUCUGCCAGACGUCCAGGAUCUACACAAUCCCGCUGUACGAGGACCUAAGCUCUGGGCCUUUAAAAUCGUGUGCUCUAGAAAUCUUUUAUCAGACUCAUGGAAGGCUGCACCCAAACCUUCGCAAAACUAUACAGCAAAUCCUGGCUCAGGGUGGCUCAGCAGUGCAGCCGGAAUCUGCUGUCCCUGUCCUGGCAACGGAGCUCUGUGCCCAAAAUCCAACCUCUCUCAGGGAUGUGAAUGUUACAGCGUGACACAGCUGAGCCUGCUGGUUUGUACCAGUAACUGAAUGCUAAUUUAAGCAGACUGUGCCUUGUGCUGUCUUUGUCUGUCAACAUUGGGGUUAUGCCUAAUGAACUUUGCACAGGAGGAGACAAGCCCUGUCUUUUGAAAACUCAGGAGGGGGAAGAAUGACACCCCCAAGUUUAGAGAACUUUCCAUACUUAACCCUGAAGAAGGAAAAAUGCCAACUGUAUCUUACUGGGCUUGAAGAGUCUGCUAUAGGGUAGCUGGAUGCAUUUCAGAAUUUCUAUGCACCAUUGCACCAUCCAAAUUCUUUUAGGGCUAGUCCACACGGGGAGAUAGCGACGCGUUUGCGGUCGCGGCGA